AUGCCGGUGUUCUAUCUUCAAUUGCUUGCGGCAUCGCUGGCUUUCUGCAGAAUCGUCUUGCUCAACCUAUUCGCACCGCCAGCCCCAGCCAAGGAAGAGCCCUCAUCCCGCUGGAUCUUGAACGACGUCGGUUGGCGAUUGGACAUGCCUCUCUCGGAAGCCAUGAACUCGAAUGGCACCGGGAAAGCCAAUUUGUCUCAAGUGUUGAACCUUGGGCGGAUACGUCUUUGCUUGACGGACUACGACCAGAAGAAUCGGAUAAUCAUUACCGUCCAGGAUGCAAGGACCAUCAGAGAUAUCUUACAGCCCGUUCAUGAACUCUACGAGCAAGCACAGAGAAACUACGACCACUACGAACAGUGGAGAGAAGAUAGCAUCGGAAGUAUCGGACCCAACGUCGGCCCUCUCGAUAUCAUUUGGGAAGAUGAUGGUGAAAAGGAGAAGCGGGAUGUGUUGACGCAGGGUUGGGACAUUGGGGACCGUUGGUUUGAAGGGUUCACGUGGUGCUCACGCAGCAACGCCUGGGAAAUCUGUCUUGGAUCAUAG